AGGCUCUAGUUCUACCCCGACCUGUAUCGUAAAACUGGUGCUUUUCCCCCGUAGAAGUAUUUUCUUGACAGUUGAAGUCCAUUUUUACAUUCACACAUUGAAGAUUAGAAGUCACCAGUGGCAGUGAUAUCCCUUUCUCUCGCUAUGGAUUGCUUUACAACUUUUUCACCUCCUCCAGUAGAGCAACAAAAGCCCCUCUUGCUCUUCUCUCUUUCACUCCUUCCAAAUCCGUGCAGCGCAGACUGAAUAGUCAUGGCGCUCCAUCCCGACCCAGAUCUUGUCCGCUUUGUCGUUCGGGCGGUCGAGCAGGUGCUCCAGGAGGCAAACCGGACGAAAACCCUUUCCCUUUCGUUGACCUCCCAAACGACCGACGACUGCACGAUUGACCCGUCGCUGCCCAGACUCGCCCAAUGCCACGUGAACGCAGCCGAGGUGCUGCAGGUCGCCAUGAACCCGGAACAGGUGAUCAGUAUUUCCUCGGAAGUGGAUUUAGCACAAAGUAACCGCACGGGCGAGCAGCUGCUCUUCAUCGGAGAUUUGAUUAUCGGGCUCCUCGAUGCGCUGACCCAUUUCGGAAAGAGAGAAAGAUACCGGGAGGCGCACGACCGGGGCCUGAGAUACGCGCUGGAGGCGGUGCAAGCAGUGUUCUGCUUGAAGAUAGGCGCACCUCCUUCUUCAAAUGUUGUUGCGCAGCAAGAACAUGAUAUUAGUCCAAAUGGUGCACCAGCUGCAACUACAAGCAAACCUUCCAAACGACCCUCCAUCGGGUCCUGCGCGUUGCAGUUUUUUCUGAAACCGGAGGAGUUUCUCGCGAUAGCCGGCGCCGGGCCGGAGUUAGUGGGAGUGCAAGUGGACGAGGCGACCUCGCUGGCGGAGUACUUUCUGCUCCAGAUGGGUAGCAAGUUUGACGACUUACUCCGUAUUUUCGUGUUCGGCCACGCAAGGGAACUGGAGAAGUGCCGGAAGCUGGAGCGAGAGCAACUUUUUGACGACGAGGGGGAGCAGUGGAUGGUGAGUGCCAGCAUAAAGCGUAUGGCCGAGAAGAAGCGCCUGGCGCAGCUGCUUUGGCGGUGUUUUUCCAACUUAGUUUCUCUAGCGCAGGUCGCACAACAAGCAGUGGAACUACAGGGGGAAGGAAACAUUGAAAAUGGUGAGGAGAACACGACUUCUAGCACCUCUUUCCCCUCCGUCGAGAUCUUCCUGGAGCUGUGUAAUAACGACGUGGAGUUGGCCGUGAAACUCGCAGUCCUCCUUCUGGACGUAGAGCCUCUGAUUGCCGUCCCCUUGUGUCAGAUGUGGGACAGCUCGCAAGCGCACAAGGCCGUCCGGGAGACGAUGCGGCAGGUGAAGGAAAUGGUAACUGGGGUUUUUCAGGAACAACCGCACGUAGACGGAGUACUAGACGUUGGAGGCGUCAAUGCCGCAACACAAGAAUUAUCCGUGUUGGACGUGUUCGAGUACCGGAAACGGCUCGCGUUUUGCUUCAUCGACAAUGACGUUCUCACCCUGUUGCUGCGGCGCUGCGAAAAGCUGCUGCUCGGCGGCGGAUCGGGCGGGCAAAACCACGGGGCGGUCGUCAUUGGAGCUGCCAGUAGUAGUGCUGCAGCAACAGCUGCUACUAGUACCGCUGCUGCACCAACUGCUGACGGCGGUGGAAAUUAUAUGAACGCCAAUGAGAACAAUCUAUCCCCUAGUACUGUUCGUGCCGGUGAUGCGAAUGCGAACUUUCUGCAGCAGCUAGACCAGGAGGGGCAGACCCGGGUGGUGCUGGGUCUCUCGAAUAGCCCGGGCACCGCGUCCGCGCACGACCCCUAUCAGGCGAGGCACAACGAACAGCUGCAACUGGCCCGACUGGAGGAGAUGGUGAGCCAACUCUCCAUUUCCCCAACCGCGGGCGGCGGUUCAUCAGGGACAACUAGUAGCGGUGGAAAAAGGAACAUGAUAGAGCAGUCCCUGCUAAACGAGCAGAGUAUUUCCGAUUCGCAACUCCAUGUCGGCGAGCGGACGCUGUCGGGGAAUUUUAACAAUUCUGAUGAUGUAGUGGCGAUGCAAAACUACAAUUCUUAUACCGAUCCUAACUACCCGCUCGACCCGCAGCAGCAAAUCACGAAAAGCAGGAUGCAGCUGACUAGUCGCGCAACUUUAUUGGUGAUCGCCCUUACCCGAAUCGUGUCCGAGAUGGCUACAGUGUGCUUCGACGACAAACACUACAGCUCCAACGACGUCGAUUUGAUAUCCAGGAAAGUCGCGAACGUCGUCAUGCGCUUAGUCCGCCACUUGGCCCUGCGGCGGCAAGAAAUCGAGCGCUUCGUGCGGAAGUGCGUGUUACCCCCGACCGACGCACUGCUCUUUUUCGAGAACCACCCGGUGCCCGAUAUGGUGGACGAGGCGGCCGUCGCCGUCGGGGGCGUGCUGUACAGCAGCCGCGCGAGGCCGCUGUGCCUGGAGUGGCGGGAAUACUUGACCGCGAUUGGCGACACCGCGGGGACGCUGCAGGCCUCGCUCUGCCAGGCGGUGUUGGACAUGCUGUUGCAGCUGAAAUGCCUGUCCCAGUUCUCCUUCGACGAGAACCUGCCCUGGGCGGUCCCGCGGGAUUACAUGUUGUACGGUGCGGUUGCCGCGAAGGUGUUUUUGGUAAAUCUACCGGACUAUCAAAAGGAAAAAUCCCCCCUCCCCAUAUCGAAAAGGUAUGUUUCCGAAAAUUUGCGUUGCUGAUUUGAGGUCACAAAUCGCAUUUGUCUUGCAGGAAGACAAGGGCAGAAGCUUCCGCCCCAUUAUGGCAGCGAUUUGUCAUGCUGUUGGGCCUAAAGGGGAGCGGUUUGCCAUGCUGAGCAACUAGACCCAUACGCCCCUGCCCAGUCUGCGGAUCUGGUCGCAGUGCCUUUCUGCAAUACAAAGCUGAUUGGUGUACACAAAUCCAGCAUAAGAAAUCCCGUUUUGAUAUGGGGAGGGGGGAUUUUUCCUUACGAUACGGACGAACCGGACUUCAACCUGCCAACCCGGUGCAAUUGCUUCGAACAAGCGGCGACUUUCGCCGCGCAAGAGCUGCAGGCGCCGCGCGAGGAACUUUCGGAGGCGCACUUGCAGGAAUUGCCGUUUCACCUGCAGCGGUUCUGGCGGGUAUGGAAGCGUCAGAAUCGAAAUUGACAAAGUCGAAAAAUUUGUGAUGCAUGAAAUCGAGGAUACCAUUGGGAGCCUCAGUUCCCAAGUGGCACAUGACAAAUUUCGGGAGCACCCAAAUCCAGUCUGUCAUGCUGUUUGGACAAAGAAAACUGCUCCUGUCAUGCUACUCUGGCAGCACAUUGCAUACCCCUAAACAGGCUUGCAAUCGGUCUCAUUUGCCUGCUCCCCAACACAGGCCUUACUUGGCCUACAUUUUAUGCAUUACAAGUUUUUCGAUUUUGUCGAUUUCGAUCCUGACACAUCCAUAGCGGGCGAUUCGCACGUAUUUCGUUUGGUGCGAUGGAGAAUCGGUCCACGACCCCUUUUGGCAGGACGUGCGGCUGAGCAACGAGGCCUUUCGAGACGAGAAUGCGGAGUUCGGGAAGUUUUUCCCGAUAGAAAUAGGCUCCAGUGGGCUGAUUGUCCAGAAAAGUAGCAUACUGCUGCUGCAACAGAUGUUUUACUACUCCGAGAUUCAGGAAGGCUACUACAGGCGGGAGAAGAUGAAAAUGAAGGAAAUGACAGCUGCAAAUUAUAAACAAGACCAGGAACUACAAAUGGGGAACGCCGCCGAACAAGAAGACCAACAGAGCCUGCUCCUGAACGGCCCUUUGCCGCGAAUUUACACGAUCAAUGAGGACCCGCUAGCACCACUUCCGCAGGAAAUACAGAUAGAGCCGGACGUGCCUUUGACUCCGACCCCAUCGCAACUCGCUGACGCGCGCUGGGAGAGGUUUGACGAGGAGAGAAGCUUCUCGGGCGGGGAGAAUAUCAACGAUCCGAACAAGGCGCGGAGCAUAGACAUGUUUGGGGGGAUGGACCCUAUGGGACAACAUAAUCAAGGGUCCGUCAAUGGCAUCACCUUCAUCAACGGCAUCCCGCAACCGACGAGGAUACCGGAGGAGUACCGCUGUGGGAUCGACGGGACGUUGAUGCAAACUCCGGUGCGGUUUAUGUGCAGCGGAGGCUAUUUUGUGAAUUACGAGUUAUUGAACCUACAGCAGUGGAGUGCCAUUAAGGGGGACGUUUGCCCAGUGACAGGGGAGACGUUCACGGCGGACUCCCUACAGAUCGACGAGAGUCUAAAGAGCGAAAUCGCGGAAUUUCGAAAUAGAACCGGCUGGCACUGAGUUUCAUCUAAUGUUGCGGACGCACCAUUUUUGGUUCUGUAGAUCCUUAUUUCCCUCAAGAACAUCUUCCAGAAGGUGCCGGCGCCUUCUCCUGUUCCCAAACUUCUACCCCGUAGAACGACAAAGGCUGACGUAGGUAUCUUCACGCAGCCUGAAUUUUUGUGUACGAUAAGAGCUGUGAUAUUUUUGUCAUCACGUCUUCACAAGUACAAGGACAAGCAGUGUGUUUGUACUGGUUCUUUAUCACGCAUCAUGCGCAUCGUCUGAGAACUCUAUGGAUUAGAAGUAACCAACAAUUUCUGCCUGAAACCUAAAAAAAUCAACUUCUUACCUGCUGUUAUCUUCUCUCCGAAUGAAACAUGAUCAAAUGUCAAACCGGUCGCGCCACCACUACAAUCAUGUACAAGCGCUGCAACAUCCGAAGAGAUGGUCCCACGAGAGCGUUUCUUGCAACGCGAUGAAAAUGCUGAAGCGCAAAAGAUUGUUCCUAGCCUUUACGUAUUCCCAUGAAAAUCGG